GCGGCAAGGAAAAGUUUUCAAAUCGGCAAAGGCCGAGAUGGUUAAUUCGGCAAGAAGGGUAAAGAAUCACGACCCAGUCGUGGUGACAAGAAAGAGGAGGAAGAAGAGUUUGAGACUGUUCCAUUGCAAAAGGAUGACGAAGAUGAUGUGUGGGAGAGCGGGUCAGAUAUAGAUGCUGAGGGAAGCUCUGAUGAUAAUAACUGGGAGAGUGACGAAGAGGACACAGAAGAGAAUGAAGUGGACUUUAGUCAGGAUGAGGAGAGCGCUGUAGGUGAUCAAGGCGUAGAAGACGGCGGAUCUGAAAGUGAAGAUAUGGAGGAAGAUGUGAGCCAAGAAGACGAAAGCGAGCAAGAGCAAAACGAGGGUGAGGAUUUCAGCACUGACGCGGAAGAGGACGAGGACGAUGUAGAAGAAAAGGAGCUAGCUGAUAAAAUCAAGGCAGCCAACAGAAAGGGCAAAAAAUCUGGUGGAUUUCAAUCUAUGGGUCUGAGUUACCCCGUCUACAAAGCCAUUGGACACAAAGGCUACAAAGUUCCAACACCCAUACAGCGACGAUCCAUCCCCGUUAUCAUGGAAGGCCGUGACAUUGUGGCGAUGGCAAGGACAGGGUCCGGUAAAACGGCAGCGUUCGUCAUCCCCCUUUUGGAGCGUCUUAAAGCACACUCAGCAAAAGUCGGUGCCCGUGGCCUGAUUCUGUCACCAUCACGAGAACUUGCACUACAAACCCUCAAGUUCAUCAAAGACCUCGGAAAAUACACAGAUCUACGGUUCUGUGUUUUGGUUGGUGGAGAUAGCAUGGAAGAUCAGUUCUCGGCAAUUGCGAGCAACCCGGACGUGAUCAUUGCCACACCAGGUCGAUUGAUGCACUUGAUGAUUGAAAUGAAUCUGGACUUGAAAACUGUCGAGUAUGUUGUGUUUGACGAGGCGGAUCGACUUUUUGAAAUGGGUUUCGCGGAGCAGUUGCGGGAAAUCUUGUUUCGAUUACCUGAGUCCCGUCAGACGUUGCUGUUCUCUGCUACGUUGCCAAGGCUGUUGGUCGAUUUUGCGAAAGCGGGCUUGACGGACCCUGCUCUCAUUCGUCUCGAUGUUGACACAAAGAUCAGCAAAGAUUUGCAAAUGUACUUCUUUUCUAUUAAACAAGAAGAGAGAGAUGCCGCGCUUUUGUCGCUUUUCCGUUUCGCCAUUCCAAAAGAUCAAAUGACGAUUGUGUUUGUCGCCACCAAACACCAUGUUGAAUACGUCCAGGAACUUCUUUCGGCAGCUGGUGUAGAGAAUACUUAUAUAUACGGUGCGCUCGAUCAAUCCGCGCGUCGUUUCCACCUCGCCAGAUUCAGAGCUGGAAAAGUGAAAGUCCUCAUCGUCACUGACGUGGCGGCUCGUGGUAUUGACGUCCCGCUCUUGGAUAACGUUAUCAACUACGAUUUUCCUGCGUCGAAUAAGGUGUUUGUUCACCGAGUUGGACGUGCGGCACGUGCUGGACGGACAGGAAAAGCCUUCUCGUUGGUGUCGACGGAUGAAGUACCUUAUUUGCUAGAUCUGCAACUGUUCACAGGACGACCAUUAGUAUUUGCUUCAACAUUCGAUAAGACAUCUAUCAACGGGGAGGUCGUAGCUCGUCAGCCGGAUUAUACGUCUGAAUUCGUAUACGGAAUCAUUCCACCGUCAGCAUUGGCGAUGGAUGUUGAACAGGUUAUUUCCACAGUGAAGAAUAAUAUCACGAUGGAGAACCUGGAGACGUCCGCUAAGAAUGCGUACAAGAUGUAUUAUAAGUCACGACCUGUGGCAUCGAAGGAAUCCUAUGCUCGUGCCAAGGAGAUUGGAGACGUCUACCUGGGCAUUCACCCAUUUUUGGCGGAGAAAAUCAAUCCAGCAGAGCAAGCACAAGCAGCCAUGAUUGCAUCCAUAUCUAAAUUUCGGCCGGCCGAGACCGUCUUCGAAACGACCAAGAAGGGUCUGAAAACGGCAGAAGCAGUGUUGAUGCAGAAACGGAGGGGGCAGUUUGGGUCAUCGGUGGCAGCAUGGAGACAGCAGCGAGCGGAGAAAGAUAUGAAAUUGGCUCAGCAACAGACUGAGCUAUUGGGCAAGACGACGGUAGAAGCUGCCGAUGAGACAGAUCUUGCGAAAACAUUCUCGAGUGUCCUGACGACCUCGAAAAAACGCAAAAGCCCUGCGUCCUUCCGCGAUGAAGAGCAUUAUAUUUCAUACCGCCAGGCUGACGCCGAAACGGAACGCGGCUACGCAGUUAACUCCAACGAAGGCCCUGCUUCGUUCGCCGAACGCGCGCAGGCCGCCACCCUCGAACUCCAAGCGGAAGAUGCCGACGGUCUCCGCAAGACCCGAGGAGCACUUGUGUGGGACAAGACAAAACACAACUUUGUCCGACACACUAUCGGAUCGGAUAAUAAAAAGAAGAUUCGAACAGAGAGUGGCGCAAUUGUAAAUGCCAGUUACAAAACACAGCGAUUUGAAGAUUGGCAGAAACGGACAAAAGUGGCACUACCUCGUGCUGGUGAACAGGAACUCGGGGAUGCCGUUCACCGCGCUAACGCUGGAGGCCUGUCAACAGGUACCCGAAAGUACCGACACACGAAAAUCACAGCACCCGAUGUCAACUCAAAGAAUUAUGCCCGAAAUCAACGGAAGCGCGAAAAGGAGGCGGCUGCUGGUGAUGCCAGUCAAGCAGCCGUGCAUCCCAAGAAACGCGCGGCAAAUGUCAAGAGCGAAUUGAAGACGGUACAGCAGAUUGCAAAGGAGAGGAAGGAGAAGGAGAAGAGACGGGCAAAGACGGGCCGGCAUGGACUGAAGGGAAAAGGGAAGGGGAAAAGCAAGGGACGACGUUGAUGUGAAGACGGGUUUAUAGAAUUUAUUAAUUUCUAGCUUGGUUUUCUUUUUCAUUACUUCUUUGUAUAUACAUUAUUCCACACUUGUUGCAGUUGGCUUGUG